UACCUGUAACCUGAAUGUUGUUUUUUGAUAACACUGAAAUCGGAAUGCUCGCAUAUUUUGCAAGUCUUGUGUUCCUGCUAUGUGCUAAGGGUGUGAUCUUGUUCAGGACUUCGACUUGUUUACGAGACAAUGAGGAGUUCUCUCUGUGCGGGUGGAGAUGUCCAGCCACAUGCAUUAACUUAAGGUUUUUAGCAUCAGACAUGUGCCCUUCGACGUGGGACUGUCGGGUGGGUUGCAGAUGUUCACCUGGCUACGUGAGAGACGAGUACUCCAAGCAAUGCGUGCUAGUCAAGAACUGUCCAGAAGCAUCAAAAUGUCCUACAGGUGAAGUCCUGGGUUCGAACCUACAAUGCAUCACUCGUAAGCACAUUAGCAACACUAACGAGUCGCACUGGGAUGAUUACAAUUGAAGAUAAAACGGUAUAAAUAUGUGUCGAAUUAGAUUUGAAAAAACUAAGUA